AGUGGUCACGGCAGUUCCUGCCCGUGCGGCUAGUUUUUUUUCCAUGGGACCACAGCCUUAACAGCAGUAGUAAUUCCUAUGUAGGAGGCAAGAGUUCAUCGGGAACGACAACCACGAGCCACAACGAUGACUUCGACACUGCUACCACCGCCCAAGCCGCUCGACGCUACUGGUGACAUUUUCCACGGCUGGAACAUCUGGAAAAGUGAGUUCGAACUUUUUGCAACAGCGACAAGGCUGAAUCUACAGCCCGAGGAUGUUCAGACCGCUACGUUUUUAAUGACGAUCGGUGAAGAUGCAAGGCGUGUUUACCGCACCUUCAAGUUUGAAAACGAGGAACAGAAGAAUGAUCGGAAAGUUUUAAUGCAGAAGUUCGAAGAGUAUUACAGACCAGUUACAAAUCUCACCUACAACGAGUUUCGGUUUGGUUCCAGGAACCAGCGCGAGGGCGAGUCAUUUAACGAAUGGCUCACAGAACUGAAGACUCUAGCUGCGCAGUGUGAAUUUGGCGAGAUUGAAGAUAGACUUCUACGCAGUAGAAUAAUCCUUGGAAUACGGGACAAAGAACUGCAGCAGAGACUUAUCUCUGAAAAUCCCUCAUACGGAAAAACGGUUGAGAUUUGCCGUGCUAAGGAACAGAGCAAAGAACAGGUCGCUGAAAUCCGAGGCAGCCAGGGCGGCAGCACUCCUUUUGAAUCAGAAAGGAACAUUGACGCUGUAAAAGCAAAAACUGCCACCUGCCCGAAAUGCGGCUUACAACAUCAAAAACCGACAAGAUGUCCAGCAAUAGGGAGGUAUUGCAAGAAUUGUAAUGGCCGAAACCAUUUUGCUAGUGUGUGCCGCACACCAAGCUCGAAAACGCGGCCAGAAGGACGGCACGUACGACAGGUGGAAAUGACUGGCGACGAGGCAUACUUCCUUCAAGCGUUGGAGGUUCAAGCGGUCACGAGCGACGAGCACUGGGUGUCAGUGUUAAAUGUGGCUGGUAUCAUGACCAAAUGUAAGAUAGACACAGGGGCGAACUGUUGUGUUAUGCCAGAAACGGUCUUUCGAAAGUUAUCAGCGGCACCAGCGCAGAACUGUUGCGCAGCCUUGCGUACGUUUUUCGGUCACACAGAAAAAGCAAUCGGAAAGAUAAACCUGCUUGUCUCUAAUAAGAAUCGGAGCACCGAGGUUACGUUUUUCGUUGUUGCCCAAGAUGUGCCAGUUACAUUAAGCGGACACGUCGCUGAGACACUGAGCCUGAUAAAACGCAUAGAUGCCGUCAACGAAGUGUCCGAGAUCCUGAUAUCUGGCUUUGAAGACAUCUUCCAGGGUCUAGGACAACUUGAGGGCAUCACCUAUCGCCUGCAGCUGAAGCCCGAUGUACGACCAACCGUAAAACCAGCGAGGAGAAUUCCCGUCGCCCUCCAAGAGCCCGUGAAAGCGAAGCUCGACGAGAUGGAACGCGAUGGUGUCAUUGCAAAGAUGACAGAGCCUUGCUCGUGGUCCAGCUAUAUGGUUGUAGUACUCAAAAAGGAUAAGGUACGCAUAUGUUUGGAUCCUUCCGACUUAAACAAGGCGAUUUUGCGGGAGCAUUACCAUAUGCCUACAUUGGAAGACGUACUGCCACGGCUGCAAGGAGCCAAAUAUUUUUCCACCCUCGAUGCCGCGUCAGGGUUCUGGCAGAUAACCCUCGACGAAGAAAGUUCGCGUGUUUGCACCAUGAGCACGCCGUUCGGAAGGUACAGAUUUCUGCGCAUGCCAUUCGGCAUCACAUCAGCGCCAGAGGUUUUUCAACGCGCCAUGCACGAGGUGGUUGGAAGCUUGGCUGGCGUAGCUGUCGUGAUGGACGAUAUAUUGGUCUGGGGAAAGACAAGGCAAGAGCAUGACGCGAACCUCGCCGCCUUGCUUCAACGCUGUAGGGAACGCAAUCUAAAGCUAAAUAAAAAGAAAUGCCAAUUUUUGCAGGGCAGCGUACGUUACAUGGGCCACCUCCUCACUGCCGAAGGGCUGUCACUGGACCCGGACAGAGUUCAAGACAUCAUGCAAGUGCCCCCGCCGAAGAACCGUAAGGAGCUUCAAGUGUUCCUUGGAAUGAUAAACUAUGUAUCUCGGUUCAUCCCAAACCUGUCGGUCUCAUCCGCACCCAUUCGGGAGCUGCUUAAGAAGGACGUCGCUUGGACGUGGACAGAAGUGCAGGAAAACAGUUUCCAAAGGUUACGAGCUAGUCUUGCUACAGCACCAGUCCUAGCAUACUUUGACCAGUCCAAGCCAGUGAAACUGUCCGUGGACGCGAGCCAGUACGGUGUCGGAGCAGUCAUUUUGCAAGAUGACCACCCCAUUGCCUAUUCGUCCCGCUCCUUAAGUGCCACACAACAGCGGUAUGCGCAAAUUGAAAAGGAAACCCUAGCCAUAGUUCAUGGCUGCAUGAAAUUCAAGGACUACAUACUAGGACAACCCCUAGUCACGGUAGAAUCCGACCACCGACCACUGGAAUCGAUUUUCAAGAAACCGCUUUGCGAUUGCCCUCUUCGCCUUCAACGCAUGCGCCUCACUCUUCAAAGAUUCCCUAUCAGCGUGAUAUACAAACCAGGAAAGGAACUUUCUUUGGCCGACGCACUUUCGCGCUUUCCUUGCAAAACAGAGCUGGUGGAUGAAACAGAGCAAUUUCAAGUCAAUGUUGUUUCUUCGUUACCUGUUUCAGAUCAACAGCUGCUCAGCAUGAAAGCGGAGACUGAUAAGGACACCCUCAUGACCGAACUCUGCCGUUACGCAAGUACAGAGUGGCCCCAAAGCAAGCAGCAGCUGCCGGAUGCUUUAAAACCAUACUGGAGCUACCGUGAUGAGCUCCACGUCGAGGAUGGGCUGCUUCUCAGAAGCAACAAGCUUAUAAUUCCGCCAGCAAAACGCAAGGAAGUUCUCGGCCUCCUCCACGCUGCACAUUGUGGCGAAGAUAAAAUGAAGGCGAGAGCAAGACAGGUAAUGUACUGGCCAAACAUGAAUGCCAACAUUUCUGAUGUGGCGAAGUCAUGCGCUGUUUGCGACAAGUACAAAAAAAGAAAUGCAAAACUGCCCAUGCUGAGUCACGAACUACCGAGUUUGCCAUGGCAGUUUGUCGGGGUCGAUCUUUUCCACCACGAAGGCAAUGAUUACCUCAUAGUGGUAGAUUCUUACUCAUUUUUCUUCGAGGUUCGCAAGCUUAAUCGGACUACCGCUACUGCUGUAAUCAACGCAAGUGCCGAAAUCUUCGCGACACAUGGCAUUCCCGCCAAACUGUGCAGUGACAACGGCCCUCCUUUCAACAGUGCAACUUUCCAAGCAUUCACAAGUCAAUUUAAUAUCAGCCACACCACUUCUAGCCCGUACUACCCGCGUGCCAACGGCUUGGCAGAACGUGCCGUUCAGGAAGCUAAACAUCUGCUAAACAAAUGCCCGUUUUCCACCCUUGAAUUUUACAGCGCGUUGUUGGAAUGGAGGAACACUCCAAGGGACGAACAGUUGCAGUCGCCAGCUCAAAGGCUCAUGGGACGUCACACCAGAAGCCAACUCCCGGUUCUCAACUGCCACCUGGAGCCCAAGACGAUACCCACGGAAGCAGUUCGUCAGCGACUACAAGAAAUACGACAUAAACAGCGUUCCUACUACAACAGAACGACACGGGCUCUGCCAGACCUUCAUAGCGGAAACAAGGUGUCCGUAUACGACACACACAGCAGAACGUGGGCUCCGGCCAUGGUGGUUGGUCCUGCGGGGCCACCGCGAUCCUACGUAGUGGCUACAGACAGUGGACAGCAGUUACGCCGUACGAGAGAGCAUCUCAGGGCCACAGAUGCUGCUCAGCCUGCUCAGUCACAAGCAGAAACACCAAAACAGGCAGCGCCAAGUACCCCAGCAGACGCAGUUCAAGCCCCACUUCGAAGAAGUGAACGGGUACGCCAAGAGCCGCAACGUUAUCCACUACCAGAACGUAAAUAGCAGAGCAAUCCUUGUUUGCAAAUGAAAAUGUUCAUCAAUGUUUUUUUUUUCUUUUUUCCCUGAAGAAGGGAAGAUGUACUGGAGCGCAAUGUCAUGCCUGGAAGUCAACCAGUGCGCAUGUGCAACACGCCUACUGCUUAUCGCAAUGCUCCUUAUAUACUCAGCUGCGUUUCUGAAUAAAGUGCUUUUUGUU